AUGAAACAUUUUCAGGACUCAGAGGACGCAAAGGCGAAGAGAAAGAUCCUCAAACCUCAAGUGGAAAGACGUCGAAGAGAGAGAAUGAACCGCAGCCUGGAGAGCCUUAAGACUCUUUUACUACAGCAACAGGAGACUCAGCGCAGAGUGGAGAAAACUGAGAUACUGGAGCACACAGUCCUCUUCCUACAGAACACCGCCAAAGGAGACAACACGAGAGCUGGAGGUGGAGGUCAGAAACACUCCUUCCAAGACGGCUUCUCCACCUGCCUGCAGAGAGCUGCUCAGUUCCUGGGACCUGAGGGGAAAGGCUUGUGCCUCGGAGCAGCUCUGGAUGCAUCUUUCGCUGCUCGCUUUGCCCACUCUGACUCUGAUUCUGCAAGCUCCCUCAGGACAACUGAAGCCCAAUCUUCCAGCUCUCUGGUUCUCAGCAAGUCUUCCAGAUCUACACUUCGCAUGUUGAUACGCAGGUCCAAGCACAGCUUGUACUGUCCUCCCCUUAGUGGGGCCAGUUGUGUUCAGAGCCACAGAGAUUCACGUUUCUCCUCCACAAUUCCCCAACAGACACACAAAGGGGCGAGUCGAGUGAGCAACCAGAACCGACCUGUCAGUCAGUCUCUGUGGAGACCCUGGCCCUGA